CUCUGUAUUGUUUCCUCUAGAUGGAGAAUCAGUUGAUCACGGUGGAGCAGUAGAUCUCUCCAUGUUCUGGGAAUCUUUCAACCAGGGAAUGAUGGUUGGGUCAAUGCUGCUUGGCAUGGGCUUCUCAAAACCCCCUCAGCUAUCUUUACAAGAUGGAGAAAAUCGGGUAGAGUCUGUUUUGAACAGCAUUCAGGCUCUGAGUGAAGUUUAUGACCGCCUUCACAAAAACCAAGAUGGAGAAUCGGGUGAUCACGGUGGAGCAGUAGAUCUCUCCACGAUCUGGGAAACUUUGAACCAGGCAGUGAAGGGAGUGUCUCAGGAUGUGACUAAACUGAGCCUGGCCUUCUCUAGACCCCCUCAGCCAUCUUUACAAGAUGGAGAAAAGCUGUUAGAGUCUGUUUUGAACAGCAUACAGGCUCUGAGUGAAGUUUAUGACCGCCUUCACAAAARCCAAGGGGUGACACUACGGCGACAGGUCAGGGACGCCACUGUGGAGGUCCUGGACGGYGUUUUACRGCUKSUGGAGGUCAUAAUCAGCUCACCACUGCAAAGCCUGACCCAGGAGCAGAUCACGUCCACUAGAGGAGUUUGGUCUGCCUGUGAUCGCUUUGCUCGGCUACCAAAAGACAAUAAGGAAGCCCUGCUAGUCGUUCUAUCCUCUCAGUCCGGAGUUGUAAAAGAUGCCGUUGAGAAAAUAAAGCAGAUCUUGACCGAACCCGAGGACCCGUUCAAGGACUGCCUCAUUAACGACCCGGACGACAACUCUGACCARGACGGUCCUCCCAACAACCAGCGCAUGGCCCUGUCAGAGAAGGACCAGCAGGUGAUCACAGCAUGUCUGGAGGUAUUUGAAACAGCUGCAGCCUGUCUGAGGAAACUCAGGUCAGCCGUCGAGGACAACAGUGACGCUGCCGAACCUCAGAAGGUCGCUCAGCUGGACGAUCUGGCCGACAUCAGCCGGGAAAUCAGCGGCAGUGUGGACGAUCUCGCCCUCUGUCUCUACCCACCCAUGAAUUACACUGGAGUGGAAAACCACACGUCUAAAUUGGCAGCAUCGUUAAGRAAACUUUUGGACCUGAUUAGAUCCAGCCAUGUGUGUGGAGAAGCAGAGCUGACCUGGGUUCAGUUCUUAGAGGGAGCCGUCGACCACGAUGUUCAGAAAGCCAAAGAAUUGAUUGAGCUGGACGGCUGAUUUCCUGUAAUAAAACGAUUGUAACAUGCAUCUAA